AUGGGAUAUAGCGCGCCUGAAGCAGGUGGUCUGAAAGUUUGGACCACUCUCAUAACAAAUACCGCGUAUUUGUCUGGUCUUUUGACUCUCGAUUAUUCGCUUAAGAAAGUUGGCUCAAAGUAUCCGCUCGUUGUUCUAUACACAGACUCAUUUCCCGCGGAUGGACACAAAGCUCUUGACUCAAGGGGCAUAGCGAAACAACAUGUACCAUAUCUUCUUCCAAAAGCCAACAAAGAUUUCACCAACGACAUGCGCUUCUAUGACUGCUGGAGCAAGCUCACGCCAUUCUCACUCGUUAAAUAUGAUCGCGUUGUGCAACUUGAUAGUGACAUGGUGGUCCUUCAAAAUAUGGAUGAAUUAAUGGACAUCACUUUGGAUGCAGCAGAAAUGAAGGGAACCGGAGAUCGAGUGUUUGCUGCUAGCCACGCGUGUGUCUGCAAUCCGCUUCAUAAACCUCAUUAUCCCAAAAACUGGGUUCCGGCGAAUUGUGCCUAUACUACACAGCAUGAUAGCCCAGAUAUCGCACAAACAGCCGGGCCUCCAGCUACCGCAGGCUUAGGGAUACCAAAUGGUGGCCUACAGGUGGUGAACCCAUCUCAAGCAAUUUAUGACAAAAUUAUUGAGCAGCUUUCCUCCUCUGCGACAUCGCAAUAUGAUUUCGCUGACCAGUCUCUCCUUGGCGAUGUUUUCCACGGACGAUGGGUUGCGCUACCGUACGUAUACAAUGCGCUGAAAACGCUUCGAUGGAAAGGAAUUCAUGACGCCAUAUGGCGCGACGAAAGUGUCAAAAAUGUGCAUUAUAUACUAAGCCCGAAGCCGUGGGAUGAAUGGACAGACGGGCAGAGACAAGACGGGCAGAGCCACGAUCCAUCCCAUGCCUGGUGGAUAUCAUUGAAUGCGGAAAGGUUAGCAGAGGAGCAACAGAGAGGUCUCGCGGACGGUUUUUAA